AUGCAUCUGAGUCAAGUCACCCUUCUCUUGCUCGCUGCCACCGGCGUGCUCGCCACACCCCUUGGACAGGAUCUUGAAGCUCGAGACUCCGACGUUCUUCUCAGCUCCAAGAAGACCAAUGAGGGAGAAGGCUUCGAGGUCUGGGGCCGGGCUGUCGACGCUCGGGACGAAGACACCCUCCUCAAGUCCGACACCACUCCCAAUGGCGGAAGCUUCGAGGCUUGGGGCAAGCGACAGGCUCAGGCGCUCACCGAACGAAAGACCAAGUGUGCCUCCGGCGUCUCUCCAGUCUGCGACGACAAGAACGGGGGCCCGAACACGCUCUGCCUCAGUCUCAUUUCGUACCUGAGUUCCUACAGCUCGCAGACUACCCCGAAAGGCUCCAAGGCGCUGUGCUACACCGGAGCUGAUGGAAAGUGCUGCACGAAGUGGAACACCAAAAUCAACUACCUGACCUACGGCGACCUGGUCCCCAAUGCUCAGACGAUGUACAGUUCUUGCAGCGGCAGCAGUGGCAACUCGGGCAAGAUGAGCGGAGUGAGACUGCACGGCACCUGCGCCAACCAAUGCCUCAACAACGGCCACUCGUGCAAAUAA